AUGCGCCUUAUAACGGGUACAUGCGGGUCACUUGCGCGCGAGAAUCCGCGGGACGGCCCGCCGCAUUUCCGGGGCUACGCGCGGCGAUUCUCGCCUUGUCCGGCGCAGCGGAAUGGCGCGGAGCUUCCGCCCGUUCCGCCAAUUCCCGCGCAGCGGCGGGAUGUCGCGGCGGCUCUGCCCGUUCCCGCGCAGGGGAGUGACGCGGAGCUUUCGCCAGAAGCCGCGCAGGCGGAACGGGUUCCGCGGGUUGGGAAAGAAGAGGUUGAGGGUGGGCAGGGGGAAGGGGCAAAGGGGAGGGAUGUGGCGGAAGAAGGGGGAAGCUCGGGGGAGGGGGGAGGUGGGGGCGAGGGUGGGAGUCUAUGGGGCGGUGAGACAGGGGGAGCGGUGAUGGGGGGAAUUGGUGGUAGAACGGGGAAGGUCACACAUGGGUUUGGAGAGGUGCGAGAGGGGGAAGAGGUGCGGGAGGAGGUGCUGGAGGGGGAAAAGGUGCGGGACGGGGAAGAGGUGAAUGAAGAUGGGGAUGGGGAGGAGUGUGAAGUGGUUUGUGUGGGGGAAUGUGGGGGGGGCGAGGGGAAGUGUGAGGAGGAGAAGAUGAUGUGA